GCCAGGGGGAAGGGGAGAGGGAGAAGGAGAGGGGAAGGCAGACGUUUGCAUGGCAGUGAGCGUUUGGCGGUGUUCAGCCUGACGUCCUCCUCGGCACUCACCAAGCAACUCGCUGCAGUUUUUUUUAAAUUACUAAAAAUCUUCCUGGGACCGUAUUAUUUCCCGGCGUCCUGCAAGCCGCUAUCUGUUCAGCUGGCACGGAUGCGGAGUUCUUUAUAUCCAGAAAUUUCCACUAUAACCGCCUUUUUAAAGCCUUAACCUCCAGAGAGAGAGAGAGGGGGGGGGAAGGGAAGGAACAACAACAGGAGGCCGCCCAGCAACCAGGAGGAGGCCAAGGCCGAGUGUCUGCGGUUCCUGGUGCUGCAGCAUUGUUUAGUACUGACACCAUUACAUCCUUUGCUGAACCAGAGAUUUUGCAGUUCUUGAAGCUGGGACCUAUGUAAAUUUUUUUGACAUCUCAGAGAUACCAACCCACACUUAAGUAGUUUGGACUGAUCUGUAGCAGUGCACACUGAGGAAGAAGGAGAUUCAUUAGACAAGGCUCUCAGAAGAUUCAACCACUAAAGAUAAUUUCAAAAUUAAAGCACAAAAUUCUGGAAACCUUUAACAGUUGACAGAUCAACUGUUUUGAAAUCUGUGGCAGAACUGCUAUCAACUGUGGAAGUGUGGCACAAGUCCACUCCUUAUGGCAGCCUUACCACAUGCCUAGAGACCGACGGUGACGUGAAACAUACAUCCUUAAUUUUGUCUGGAGUGUUCAGAAUGUGUUGCUAGCCUAUUCAUGAAAGGCUUACGCUGUAAUGACCUGAUGUUUAAGUGACACUGAAGAUGAGUAUUAGCAGUGAUGAGGUCAACUUUCUGGUAUAUAGAUAUUUGCAAGAGUCUGGUUUUUCCCAUUCAGCAUUCACAUUUGGUAUAGAGAGUCACAUCAGUCAGUCCAAUAUUAAUGGUGCCCUCGUGCCACCAGCAGCUCUCAUCUCGAUCAUACAGAAAGGUUUGCAGUAUGUGGAGGCCGAAGUCAGUAUCAAUGAGGAUGGCACGCUAUUUGAUGGAAGACCCAUUGAAUCCCUUUCUUUAAUUGAUGCUGUAAUGCCUGACGUGGUGCAAACAAGGCAGCAAGCUUAUAGAGACAAGUUGCAGCAACAACAAGCAGCAGCAGCUGCCGCUGCCGCAGUUAGUCAGCCAGGUGCUGCAAAGAAUGGAGAGAAUACUGCAAAUGGAGAGGAGAAUGGAGGGCACACAGUAACUAAUAACCAUACAGAUAUGAUGGAAGUUGAUGUAGAUGUGGAUAUACCAUCUAAUAAAGCUAUGGUAUUGCGUGGUCACGAAUCAGAGGUUUUCAUAUGUGCCUGGAAUCCAGUCAGUGAUCUCUUGGCAUCUGGGUCAGGAGACUCAACAGCACGGAUAUGGAAUCUUAGUGAAAAUAGUAGUGGUGGCCCCACUCAGCUAGUACUUAGGCACUGCAUAAGGGAAGGGGGACAAGAUGUACCAAGUAACAAAGAUGUCACAUCUUUAGACUGGAAUAGUGAAGGCACACUUCUAGCAACAGGUUCGUAUGAUGGGUUUGCAAGAAUAUGGACAAAAGAUGGUAACCUUGCUAGUACCUUGGGUCAACACAAAGGACCUAUAUUUGCCUUAAAAUGGAACAAGAAAGGAAAUUUUAUCCUUAGUGCAGGAGUGGACAAGACAACAAUUAUUUGGGACGCACAUACUGGAGAGGCCAAGCAGCAGUUCCCUUUCCACUCCGCUCCAGCGCUAGAUGUUGACUGGCAAAACAAUAACACGUUUGCCUCCUGCAGCACAGACAUGUGCAUCCAUGUCUGUAAACUAGGUGCAGACAGGCCCAUCAAGACAUUCCAGGGACACACGAAUGAAGUGAAUGCGAUCAAAUGGGAUCCAACAGGGAAUCUUCUUGCAUCUUGUUCUGAUGACAUGACCUUAAAGAUCUGGAGCAUGAAACAAGAUGCAUGUGUUCAUGAUUUACAAGCGCACAACAAGGAAAUCUAUACUAUUAAGUGGAGUCCAACAGGACCUGGUACAAACAAUCCAACUGCCAAUCUUAUGUUAGCAAGUGCUUCAUUUGAUUCCACUGUACGGUUAUGGGAUGUGGACCGAGGUAUCUGUAUCCAUACUUUGACCAAACACCAGGAACCUGUAUACAGUGUAGCAUUCAGCCCAGAUGGCAGGUACUUAGCUAGUGGCUCCUUUGACAAAUGUGUUCACAUCUGGAACACACAGACAGGUGCUCUUGUCCAUAGCUACAGGGGAACAGGAGGAAUCUUUGAAGUUUGCUGGAAUGCAGCUGGGGAUAAAGUGGGUGCAAGUGCAUCAGAUGGUUCAGUUUGUGUGCUAGACCUGCGGAAAUAGCGUUGCUAGCUGGAAGCCAUGGACCGACAAUGAAUGUGUACAUAGCCAAAAUGACUGUCCCUGCCCCCAUGCACUGCUACAGUCUCACUUGAACCAUGGCCAGUCCACUACAGCCAAAACAAGUCUGAAUACAACCAAGGACAAUUGAGCCCUGAUGUGAAGAGUACCCUGACUGCUUAAUGCUGGAAGCUCCACCCACAAAGAAAAGUUGACUUUUCUUCAAGGUUUAAAACAGCUUUGGGAAAAAUAAAGACUUGACAUGAGACCAUAUGUGUACCAAAACGGGAAGAUAAUAUCAGAGGACAAAAAUAUCUUUUAUUUUUUUGGUCCAGAGUCUAUGUAGAAUGAGUUAUCUUGUCAGCAGUUCAGCAGAUCUGUGUGCAGACAUAUCAGCUUCUUUAAAACAGCAGCAAAUAGUUUGUUCCCUUGUUUUAAACAUUGUUUUUUCACUUUAGUUUACAGUUGCAUGAUGUAGGAGAGUGACUGUAUCUUGUUUAUCUUGUUUUUUUUUCCUACUGACACUUAACACAAUUAGAAAAAAACUUUUUUAUGGAUACUAUAAGAAGAUAAGUGUAUUUGGUAUUUUUUGGUACAUUUUGUGGCUCACGAAUCAACCUAUGGGGAAAGAUAAAACUGCUCCAAAAUUUGACACAAAAUUAGUUUCAAUGUACAUCAGGUAUAGGUAACAAGUUGUGGUUUACAGGUGAUGUGGCUAAAAUGUAGUAGUUUCUUAAUGGGGACAUGAUUCUGCCAAUUUAUGAGAGUUAAACAAAUGGGCACAAAGAAAGAGAAUCGAUGCAGGGAUGCAUCCCAUUGCUUUAAGACCAUAGUUUGCGUAUGGUUGGAUUGUGCACUAUUGAUAGAGCAGCUUAUAGAAUUUUGAAAGAUAAAUUUUCUGGACAGAGGAUUAUUGCUGUUGUUCUACUUAUUCUUUGGUAGAAGUAACUAAAGCAUAAUUUUCAUAGCAAGAUUCCAGUAUUAAGGACGCAAGUCCAGUAAGCAAUGUUUUUAAAAACCUAUCCAGUGCAAUGAGAUAAAUCUCCCUUCCCCCUCCCUCUGCCAUUGGGCAGAAAUCAUUGCAGGCAUGUUUUAUGUUAAUGCUAGGGUAAGGGUUGACUUUGCUUUUAUUUUCUUUCCUUGGUGCUCAUGUAUUACACAUGGGUUCAUCUUGGCUCAGCCCUCUAAUGUACUUGCACUUGCUGUAUUGUUCAGUAAAGUACAGGUAAUAUAAUUGCAAUAGCUUUUUUUAGAAUAAAAGUAUAUUCUAUAAAGUAUAGCAUAUCUGAGCUUUAAAACCUCAGGGGACCCUUCUUCAGUUGACGAAGUGGUUAAACAAAUAUUUCUGCUACAAGACACUCGAUUACUUUUUCACACGAAGAAAAGACGUUUGAGGUUUCAAAUCCUUGGAUUUAAUGCAUUAUAAAAUCUUAGACUAACAAAGGUAUUCUUCUAUUUCCCAUGCCCCAUGCAGCAACAGAUCAAUGAAAAUGAGCAUCCUGUUGCAAAAGCUUUAAUCCAAUAUUUCAAACUUGAUCUGUUUUCCAACUCAUUAAAAAUGCAAGGCCAGUUUUUUUUUUGACAGAGAAGACAUUCUGCACAGUGGUUAGAUUUUUUUGGUCUUUGGAGAAAAAUCUGUUAAUCACAUUUGGAACUAAUCAUAGGUAACAUGGUGUAAUCAAAUAGCUGCUAUAUAUAAUCUGCAAUGUCUGCAUCACUCAAGUUGAGCAAAAAGUUGAAUGGCUCCUAGACUUUUAUUAUGGGCCGUUUGUCAAAUGUAGAUAAAUGAUUAGGCAGCUUUACCACAUGUAAAAGAAAUCCCAUCAUUUCCCAGCCCUUUUUGUUUUGUAUUAAGGUGAUGAAUGAGACUGGUUUUAUCAUUCUUUUGAGUUCUGCUCUUUGCAAAUCUGUUACAGUCCAAGUUAAAAAUCCUUGCAUUCUUCUCAUUAAAAAUAAUGCAUAAUGCAUCUUAUACUUGAUGUUGGCCUAAAGAAUUUAAUGUUUUGAUAGAUGACCCCUCGUUAGUUUUAAUCAAACAGUUAAAACCUUGACAGUUAAAUCUUUUUAAAAGAAUAUAUACAUCAAUGAUACAGCAUUUGAGAGUUGACUAACACUGUGGAAAACAGGCUGGAAGCAUUUUUUUAAAAAUUGAAUCCAUGCAAGUAGCUUUCUAUUUGCUGUUUUUGACACUGCUGAAGGUACAUGUGUAAGGACAAUUUUGAUUAAUUUUCAUGUGGAAAAUAUAGAGUUAAAUAAAGGUUGGCAGUCAAGCAUGACUAUCCAAAAAUUGAGGCUGAUUAGAACCCCUCACCUGAAGAUGGGAAUUUAUCAUAAUUUUUACAUCAGUCAAAUGUUAUAUGAUGAUGGCACUUUCCAAACAUUAGUUUGUUCUUAUCAUUUGUUCUAAGAAAAUCUGUACUUUAGUGAUCUGAGGAGAUUCCUAUUCAGAUCUGCUAGGCCUUUGACAGACCCUUAUCAGCAAAAUUGUCAUUGUUUGACCUACCUAAAGCUUAGACAUAUUGCAUUCACAACACAUAGCAAAUUCACAAGAAUUUCAAUGCUUCAAAUUUAAAGCUCCACCUCUUGUUCAAACUAAUAUUGAAUGAACGUGCUGGUAAAACUGCUGAUUUGUUUCGUAGCAAAUGCUGUUUUAGAAAGGGCUGCGAAUGGAACUUAAUAGUUCAAAGCGAGUGAAAUGUUCAAGUUGGUGAAGACAGCGCUAGACACAUUGUGUUCAAGAAAGACUCGCAUAAAAGGAUGAUUUCAGGGGCUAGCACUACUCCUCUAGCAGUGGAUUUACAUGUCUGCAUCAUUUCUACAGUUCUCUCAAAUUAAGAUUUUAAAAAUUGUGAACCUGUAAACCAGGCCAUGAAAGUUUUUUUCUACUCUUUGAACUCUUUAUCGUUCUGUUUUUAUUUGUACCUGUUAAAAAGACUGAUUUUUGAUGUACCAUACCGUGCUGGACCAUGUAAAUAUCACCUGAUAAUGUAUUUAGGUUUCACAAUACAUUAAUGAUUUUCCUCCCACCCCUUUCCCAAUUCCUCUUCCACCACUUCACCCUAAAACUAUCACCACCGAGGCACAUCUUCUGUUGCAGCUUCCCUUUGCAUUGUAUUGAUCUGACAACCAUAAUUUGCAUCAGAUCUGAAAGAGGUCCAGAAUAAAAUAUAUUUUGAUAUUA